CACAACCGGAAACAGAAUCACGCUGCUCGCACCCCUCCGACCAAUAGGAUUGUGCAAAGCGUCCUAAGCGGAUGUCACAUCCGGUCUGAACAGCCGGCAGGAUUGAAGGAAGAAUCUGGAGUAUCCCCCUACUUGUGUCGUUUGUCUUUAAACACUUUUGACUUGAUUUUGUUCGUGCAGACACAAUGACUUUCGAUGUGCGGAGGUUCGAUAUCUACAGGAAAGUGCCCAAAGAUCUUACCCAGCCCACCUAUACUGGAGCUUUCAUUUCAAUAUGCUGCUGCAUCUUCAUGUUGUUCCUCUUUCUCUCAGAACUGACGGGAUUCAUCGCUACAGAAAUAGUAAAUGAACUGUAUGUGGAUGACCCCGAUAAGGACAGUGGGGGGAAGAUAGAUGUGAGUUUAAACAUCAGUUUGCCAAACUUACACUGUGAUUUGGUGGGUUUGGACAUCCAGGAUGAGAUGGGGCGGCAUGAAGUGGGCCACAUAGAGAAUUCAAUGAAAGUGCCUCUAAACAAUGGUCACGGGUGCCGCUUUGAAGGGGAGUUCAGUAUUAAUAAAGUUCCAGGAAACUUUCAUGUGUCAACACACAGUGCGACUGCUCAGCCUCAGAGCCCUGAUAUGACCCACAUCAUCCACAAACUCGCCUUUGGGGAGAAGCUUCAGGUGCAGCAUGUCCAGGGGGCUUUUAAUGCAUUGGGUGGAGCCAACAAACUUCAGUCCAAUGCUUUAGCAUCUCACGAUUACAUUCUCAAGAUCGUCCCUACAGUUUAUGAGGACCUGGGAGGGAAGCAGAGAUUUUCCUACCAGUACACCGUGGCAAACAAGGAGUAUGUGGCAUACAGCCAUACGGGACGCAUCAUCCCCGCAAUAUGGUUUCGCUAUGACCUGAGUCCAAUCACAGUGAAAUACACAGAGAGGAGACAGCCGUUCUACCGCUUCAUCACUACUAUUUGCGCUAUCAUCGGCGGGACGUUCACAGUGGCCGGCAUCAUUGACUCCUGCAUAUUCACGGCCUCUGAAGCCUGGAAGAAAAUCCAGAUUGGGAAAAUGUCAUGAGUACUCAUAACUACGUACCAUGCCUUUUAUUUAUGCCAGCCAAACCUCUGAACACCCGUCAUUACACCCUGUUAUUAUGACCCACACUAACUGGAAAACAGUUCAAUUCUCCGUGUGCUCAUUUGACUGGUUUUCAUCUCUAAACAUUUAAUAUAAUGAAUUUACAGGGAUUUCAUUUUGAGCAUGUAGGUGGUUUCCUUACUUCGCUGCCAUAUUAAUUCACCCAAAACUUUCAUAGAACUGAUGUGGAAAGAACCUGUCUCACUCAUUGGAAGGAUGCCAGGAUUUUCUCUUUCAGAUACAUGUGACGGAGAUGUGUAAGUGUAUAGUGUUACAUACAAGGCAUAGUGUCACUUUGAUCGGUUAUAGUGAAAGAGUUUAAAUAGAAUUCCCCUUAAAGAGAAAUAAUCACUGAAUUGAUUCAGUAUGUACCUUCAUAGCAACUGAGCGUUUGAUAUGAUAGGCUUAACCUGUCAAAGAGCAUGUCUUGUUCGAUUUUUGGGGUCAUAUUGCGCCUCAAAAUGAAAUGGACAGAAAUGAUUUGCAUCGUGAUUUAUUUGCAUGACAGUUAAAACCAUUUCUCCCGAUUCUCAUUACAUUAUACAAAUAAUUAUGUAUUAUUUAUAGUGAGUUUGCACAUCAUAGUAGUAUUUGUUUUGUUUUUUUGCCUUUAAUAUGCAGAUUUAAAUGAUUUUACUGUAUUUUUACAGUAUUGUAUUACACUAAUGGGAAUUAUUCAUUGAAAUUUAUGUCCAGAUGUAUUAUGGUAAUGAGAGUUUGGGGUUAAAUGGGAUUAAUUAUCAUGAAAAUGUCACAAGCCGAACAAUUUUAAUGUUUCUAAAAUCGGCUUGAUUUUCUUAUUUCUUUGGGGGUGAACUGUGAGCUGUAUGUAUUUCAUGAGAUGAACCUGUAUGUUUUUAAAGAAGCGGAUGCUGGUUUUAUUUGGGUUUAAUUAAGUAAUGUGUAUUCCCAGAUUGUCUUUCCAUGUUACAUUUUGGUUAUCUUGCACUCUGAUGUCAUUCUGGUUGUAGACCUGUAUUUUAUUUUGAUUGUUUGAUUGAAGGGAAAUUAUGAAUGUCGUCUUUUUUAACUAAAAGACUCUUGAAGGAAAGCUUUUUGUUUAUUUCCGUGUCUCUAAAUGUACUUUGUGGCUUAACGGUACUUUUUAUUUCCUCAGUCCAUAAUGGUUAACCUUUUAUUGUUUUGAAGAUUAGGCUGGAACUGUGUUGUUUACGUCUUGUCAAGCGUUCCCUCUCAAAUCAACACUACUGUAAAGAGGCUGAAUAAUUUCCUGUCAGUGUUUUGACCAUGCUCUAAAAUCUGGUUGCACUGGUUACACAGGACUGUUCCGCAUGAACGCAAGCUACGCGUCAAAUGUGUGAUGCAUCGUAGCCACAAGUUGACAUGGCAACAGAAGUGUAUUUUCACUACAUUUAAUGAGAUCAAAAACCACAACCUACUUUUCAGCUUUGUGGCUCAAACUGCUUUGAUACAUCAUGAUCUUUUCGAACAUUUGAAAGUUAAUUUUUUAGUCAAACUUUAAUCAAACAAACCGUGACUGAGUUUCCGUGCUCGUUUCAGCAGAUCUAAUUUAGCCCUACUUAAUCAAAUGGACAUCAUCAUCUGGGCUACGCCACUUUAUUCUGUCUUUGUUUACCAUGGUUAGAAUAAACCACAGCGACA